AUGCUCGCCACAAAGGCUCCACGUGGGACACUUCAUAAAAACAGAGAGGCCGCGGCCUGGCCCUUCUCUAGGCUCUGCGGAGUCUAUGGCCCAACGUUGUUCCAAAUGACCGUCAUGGCUGCUCUUUGGGUUGCUGUUUUUGGCAAAUGUGGUCCACCACCGGAUUUAACCUAUGCCUUUCCAGAAAGUGAGACGGAUCAGACAGACUUCGAAAGUCAUACUGUCCUGAAAUACAGUUGCCGCCCUGGCUAUAGCAGGGCAACAUCAAGCCAGACUAUUUUCUGCAGACCUGAGGGAGAAUGGCACAUUAGUAUAAACUGUGUCAAAAAGUCAUGCAGGAACCCGGGAGACUUACAGAACGGACAGGUGGACGUUAAGACAGAUUUCUCUUUUGGAGCACAGAUAGAAUUCAGUUGCUCAAAAGGAUAUAUCUUAGUUGGCUCAUCCACUAGUUACUGUGAAAUCCAAGGUAAAGGAGUUUCCUGGAGUGAUCCCUUCCCAGAAUGUGUAAUUGCCAAGUGUGGGUCCCCUCCAGACAUCAGCAACGGGAAACACAAUGGUGGAAAUGAGGACUUCUACACAUACGGCUCCUCAGUCACCUACAGCUGUGAUCCCAGCUUCACACUCUCUGGCAAUGCCUCCCUUACCUGCACUGUGGUGAACAAAACAGUAGGUGUUUGGAGCCCAAGUCCCCCUACUUGUGAAAAUACUUGCACUAAUAUCCCAGACAUCCCACAUGCUCACUGGCUACAAACUCCCAAGCCAAAAAAAGAAGAUGUGUAUGAGAUUGGGACUGUGUUACACUACCGCUGUGAUUCUGGCUACAAGCAUGCUACAAGAGAGCCCAUGACUGUGAUUUGUCGGAAGGAUCUCAGCUGGAGCCUGUUCAAAGGAUGUAAGGGUGAGUUUUGGUUUUCAAAAUGUGUGUGUAUAUUAAAUGUCUGUGUGACUGGACCUUGUACCUUAAGUGAAUGUGAGAUAUGUUGUCCAGCACCAAACCUAAGGAGUGUUAGAGUCGUUCAACAUACAAAAAAGUAUCCCAAGAAUGGCUGUGCUUAUUUCUAUGAUGACACAAUAUUAUACAAAUGCCGCGAAGCCGUCCUUUCAGCUACUUGCAAAUCAGAUGGCACAUGGCAUCCCCAAACACCAACAUGUUAUCAGAGUUGUGAUUUCCCUCCUGACAUUGCCCACGGACAUUAUACAAAAUCUAGUUCGUACUACUACGGGCAUCGGGCUACAUAUAAAUGUGAUGAAGGAUACCGGCUGGUUGGAGAGGCAACCAUCUCCUGCCAGCUUUCACAAUGGACGCCAGCAGCUCCACAGUGUAAAGCCCUAUGCCGGAAACCAGAGAUAGAAAAUGGAAUGCUGUCUCCCGACAAAGACCAGUAUAUUGAAUCUGAAAAUGUCACCAUCCAGUGUUAUUCUGGUUUUGACAUACUAGGUUCCCACAGCAUCUCUUGUUCAGAGAACGGAACCUGGUACCCAGAGGUGCCUCAGUGUGAGUGGGUGGCCCCUAAAGAUUGUGAGUAUGUGUUCACAGGCAAGAAGAUGAUGCAAUGUCUGCCAAGUUCAAAUGAUGUGAAAAUGGCCCUGGAAGUAUAUAAGCUGUUUCUGGAGAUUAAACUAUUAGAGACCCAGAUAGACAAAGCAAAAUAGGCUGUCUUGGAGUUAUGAAUGUAAGUUUUCUCAAGAAGGAGGAAUACCUCGUUGGUUUUCUAAUUUUAGUGACAAACAGAUCACUUGCACUUAGCAGCUUUUGUCACCUUGACACCAGUAUUCAUGGCAAUAAAUAUCUGGUUAGAAUAAUUCAUUAAAGCAUAAUGUUUUAAGUUUAUGAAAUAAUUAACCAUUUUGUGGCUCAUAAUUUGCUUUUCUGAAUGCAACAUGUACAUCUUUGCAAUUAAAAAUCAAUUUUGCUCUUGUUUUCAUUUACUACUAUAUAAAAU